UUUUUUCAGCAAAGCAAAACCUAAAAUAAUAUACAUUUGAUGAAAAGUUCAUGAACUUAGUUAAAUAAACAUUAAACUGUGAUUUUUUUUAAACAACAUCAAAAGUUAUUUUACUAAUAGUCUAUGUGACGUAAUCAAUUAAGCUUUUAAGCUGAUAUUUGCAAGAAACGCAGUGACUAGUCGCAUAACUUUCUACGUAAAAAUCUCUGAUGGGGUCGUCCAUUUUUUUUUAAAUAAUCAUUUUCAACGAAACUAUUCAGCAAAGUGAAAUCUAUAUGAAUUGUGAGCAAAUUUGUCACUGGAGCAGUACCGCGGUAAGCUUGCCGUCGGAUGCUAAUUUGAUUUGCAUCCAGCAGUGGAGAUGCCCUAACAGAGUAUAUAGCCUUACGCGAGCAUCACUAGUCACUAGUGUUAGUAUAAGUUGAUGCAAUUUGCUUGACAACGUUUGCAAUAGCGUUCUCGUGCCAACUCUGAAACAAUGGACGCCGACAUUUGCCCCGAACUGGUCCCUUUAACCAGCGGCUUGUCCCUCGCGGAACACCAACCCAGCCCAGCCGACCUGCUCCCACCGGAACUUUGGGAGUUGAUAUUCCGGUACCUGUCCGCUGCGGAACUGCUUCCGGUGCGGCUGACCAGCCACCGCUGGAAGGACAUCGUGACCAACAGCCCAACGCUGCUGGAAAAGUUCACCGUCACCCUCGAGGGUAUCUUCUUUGACGACCUGUCCCGAGUGAUCCCAGCCUCCAAGCUCUACAUUCGAUCGUGCAGAAUUGACCGGCUUGUCAGCUGGCACGAAACAGCGCACCGGCUGAGCUGUCUAACGCUCGACAGCUGCGAGCUAACGCUUCCAACGCUGGUCGCGAUGUUGGCGCAAACGCCAAACUUGAAGCGACUUCGACUGGAUGAGGUCGAUGUGUUUUCGAGCGGGUGUGAAAUCGUUGUAAACUUUCGUCUGGAUAGGUUGGAGAAGCUCGUCGUUGAAUGGGUCUGCUGCGACGGGAUUUUGGACGUUUUUGAGGGACGUUGUCAUCGGCUGAAGACUUUCAAGAUCUUUGGCAAUCAGAAAGAAAGCAACAUUGUCCGGUUCAUGAAGACUGUACAGGACUCACUGGAGUACAUUAAGUUGAGUCCAAACGGAGGCUUGCUGGAGGAAAUCUCAAAUUUAAAGCACUUGAAGCUGAAGCGAAUUCAGUUUGGAAAAGGUAGUUUUGAUCAGGGUCAGUUGGUCGAGUUUUGUCGAAGGAACCACGCCAUUGAAAACGUUUGCGUUCACAAUCUAAGAUUAUCUACACAGACCCUCGAACAAAUUGGUUUGCAACUUCCCACCCUGAAGCGACUUCGAGUGACAAUCGCCGAAAACGGAACGAUAGUGCUAACAUUUCUCCGAUCCAUGAAGCACCUGGAGUAUUUGUGCCUCUACGGAGGGUAUCGCACCGAACAGUCGCUGGACUUUACCGGGUGCGAGUGCCCAAAACUUGUCCAACUUCAAACCUACGACCUGCCACUGGUUCAGCGCGGUCUGCGACAGUUCUUCGAGAAGUCCAGCAACAUCUGGUACCUCACCCUCGACGGGAGCGUCUUCGACAGUUGGCCGGAUGUCUUCACGGCGCUGGAACCGUUGGAAUGUCUGUACGAGUUGGUGCUGAGUCAUGUUAAAAUUCGCGACGACGGUGAUCUUGAGGGGGAGAAGUGUUUAGUUCACAGAAAGAACUCCAGCCUGAAUGGAUUGGUAUUGAGUCACUGUAAAAUAGCAAAAGAUUUGCUAAUUCGACAAAUUUGCCGAUGUACGGAACUUGAAGAGCUGUGGUUAACCGCCAUCGACAGCGUAGACGAGGCAGUGGUGUUGGCUUUGCUAGGUAAUUUGACCAAGCUGAAGAUGUUGACUAUUUCUGACUGCGGAGAGGAAUCCGUGACGAGCAAGGUUUUGAAUGAGUGUAAGGCUAGAGGAAUAUCGAUCAACAACUAAAGAGCCCUUUACUUAAGGAUACUUGGAAUCAAUAAAAUGAUUUUAGACAUUGUUUUUAUCAUUAA